CUUUGUGACGCGGGUUGGAUAAAUUAUCUAGCGGUCGACUUUAAACGCGUAUUAAUAUGAUCACAUUUUAAUCAUAUUUUUAGUUAUUGACGUGUUUGACAGAUGAAUGUAAUAUACCCACAGGUUUGGCCAAAAACACGUUUUUAUUUCAAAAAAUUGAUUGAGCAGUGAUGUCUUAAAGCGGAAGUAAAUAUCGGAUGCGCGCGCAAUAAAAAACUUAUUGUAGUUUUUUAUUUUUUGUUUUAAAUAUGUGAACGAACUUAUCAUUUUUAAAAAUGCCUAAAACAUCGGGGAAUUACAUCGCUAGACUGACACAUAGGUCGAUAUGGUCACGCGGAGUUUCUUCACAUCUUGACACAAUCAUCAACAGGCCAGUCUGAAGAAUGCGUCCCCUAUGUUAUCGGGGAAACAUUUUACCCCGUUGAAACAUAAUGCAUCGUAUCCGGACCACAUUCAAAAGAUCCCGGACACCGACAGCGUACGAAAUGAAGACCCAGAGCAGUCUCGAAGUGCCCAAGCAAGUCAGAUCGGCUUCCUUCGACGAGAUCCAAUUGGAGGCCAAACGUUUGCAAUCAUCAGAUAAACCGGACCAAAAUGCUUUACUCAACAUACCGCAGUUUCCAGGACAGAGGUCUAAGAGUGUCGAUUCGGGGGGCAGCGACGAAUCGGGGGGAAAUUACUUGGAGGUUCCUUCAAGAAAAUUCCAUCGGAGGAGGUCAUCUGGAAGCAAAAGCCCGGUUUGCGUGCACUGCAUUUGUUUGGAGGAGUACAACAGAACGCAUAGUCAGAGCAGUAGUCAAGAUGAUAAGGAUAAAGAUGAUAAUCCUCAACCGUCGUUCAGUAUGAGCGAAUCUUCUAGCGAUUGCGAGGAAGAAAUAAUGUCCAACUGUGGUAUAAGAGUAACGUUAUCGCCAGAAAUACCUCCGGAGCCUAUACAAUCGCCUCCUCCAGUGCCAAUGACUCCUACGCAAUCCAGACGGAAGUCCAUUCAUCGGCAAGAAGCUUUCUUCGGGGAACCUUCCGGAGACUCUUUAGAAAGCAUUUCUGAUGGUCCGUCCGAAGCUUUUUCUUCGGACGGAGCUGUAUCGGAUAAGACCCCGAUGACUCUAGUGGUUAAAGAUAUUUACCUCCAGGUGCCGGAUUUGAAACGAGAUAGAGCCGCUUCCGUAGAUUCUUGUUUUUCCAAAGUAUCGCAAGUUAAGACUGAAGAACUGGAACAUUCCGGUGUUAGCCUGGAAGUUCCCGUCGGACCAAAUGUUGCUCUUAGAUCUAGAUCUGUCGAUAUCGUGCUGCCUACUGAUAAGCAAGCUAGGUACAAGGCUCUGGCCAUGGCGGCGCCUUGUAACUCUGAAUAUAGAAAAUCUACAGAGGUGGGAGAACGGGUUUUAAGGGGUACACCAGACUGGGAAGAGACUGCUAUCAACGGAGACCAUUUAUGGGUUCCGACUUCGGUUUCCGGAGAUUUUUGCUAUGUGGGAGAUACAGACUGUACAAAACACGGCCCUCGAAUGAAGUGCUCCGCUUGCAACAUAAUUGCUCAUCAGAGUUGCAUCAGAGUGCUCGUCGACAAGGUUAAGUUUUCUUGUAAACCGACCUUUAGAGAUGUGGGCGUUCGGCAAUACAGAGAGCAGACAAUCGUUCAACAUCAUUGGGUCCAUCGGCGCAGCGAAAAAGGAAAAUGCAGAAAAUGUAGCAAGUCCUUCCAAUCGAAAUUAUCCUUCAGUUCCAAAGAAAUUGUGGCAAUCAGUUGUUCCUGGUGUAAAGUCGCCUAUCACAAUAAAGAAUCAUGUUUCAAUAUCAAGCGGAUAGGUGAAGAAUGUACCUUAGGUGUCCAUUGCAAUAGUAUAGUUCCUCCUUCGUGGAUCGUUAAAUUACCAAAGAAGGGAAGUUUCAAAUCUAGCUUAAGAAAGUCACCGAAAAAACGAACUAGUGUGAAGAAAAAUAAACAUAAGGACAAAGAACAUCGAUUUUUUGCUAUAAAACCCAUUCCAUCGACCAACGUUUCGCCAGUAUUAGUAUUCAUCAAUCCAAAAUCGGGCGGAAAUCAGGGACUGAAACUUCUCCAGAAAUUCCAAUGGCUUUUGAAUCCCCGACAAGUAUUCGACCUGACGCAGGGCGGACCCAGAAUGGGGUUAGAAAUGUUUAAGAAAGUGCCUAAUUUAAGAGUGUUAGCGUGCGGGGGGGACGGUACCGUGGGCUGGGUAUUAAGCGUGAUAGAUCAAAUAGGAAUUUCGCCAGCUCCCGCUGUCGGGGUACUGCCGCUUGGAACUGGGAACGAUUUAGCCAGAGCUCUCGGAUGGGGUGGAGGGUAUACAGACGAGCCGAUUUCAAAAAUUUUAUCCAAUAUAAAUCAGAGUGAUAUCGUGAAUCUGGACAGAUGGUCGUUGGAGGUUGAGAAAAACACAGAAGCGCAACCAGGAGAAGGGGGGAAAGAACAUUUGCCCCUUAACGUUGUGAACAACUACUUUUCUUUAGGAGUUGAUGCACACAUCGCUUUGGAAUUUCACGAAGCUAGAGAGGCUCACCCAGAGAAGUUUAAUUCUAGAUUAAGAAAUAAAAUGUUCUAUGGUCAAAUGGGCGGCAAGGACUUAUUGAAAAGAAAAUGGAAAGAUCUGGCAGACUUCGUGACGUUAGAAUGCGAUGGACAAAAUAUCACACAGAAGUUGAAGGACCUACGAGUACAUGCUAUCGUUUUUCUCAAUAUUUCAAGUUAUGGUGGUGGAACACAUCCGUGGAAUCGAUCAAUGGGUAUUAGUGAUCCGAGUACUGAUGACGCUCUCAUAGAAGUCUUAGGUUUAACUACAUAUCAACUUCCUCUUUUACAAGCCGGAGGCCACGGCACCUGCAUCGUUCAAUGCCGGUCCGCGAAAAUAGUAACCUCGAAGACAAUUCCCAUGCAAGUGGACGGCGAAGCGUGCAAACUGGGUCCAUCCGUCAUCACUCUGAACCACUUGAACAAAGCGCCGAUGUUAGCGAAGAGAAAACACGGCAGAGCGAUUCCCAUACAAACUGCGUUGGACAAUCUUAACCUCGGAGUGUUUAAGCUGACGAUGUCUGAUUACGAACAGCAUCAUUACGAUAAAGAUCUUCUAGCUCAAGCAGCAAUAAAUAUAGGUAGAAUAGAAGUAAAUCCCGUCUCAGAUUUAGAACAAGUUCGAGUUAUGAUAAAUAGUAUGAUGGAGGAAAAUAAAGACAAGCAGAUGAUGCCUUCAGAUUGGUGCUUUAUCGAUUCUUGUACAGCAGAACGAUUUUUUCGAAUCGACAAAGCCCAAGAAAGUUUGCAUUUCGUUUUUGACAUUUGCGUCGAAAGUCUGUAUAUACUAGAAUGUAGCGAAGAAAGUGUACCCGUACCUGAAGAUGAGACUGCCAAUCCUUCUCCCACAUCUAAUUAUCAAACUUCAUAUAACAUUCCGCAAAUGCGCAUUAGCAAAGAGGAUGAUUUAGACUCACCAAGCGACCACCCUCCUCUAUCACCAAAAAAUUUAGAAUCGACCGAAGAUUUUCCCACUCCUGCGGAAAAUCGCCCUAUAGACAAUCAGCAGCUGGAGAGAGUCUCGUCAGUCGCCAGUAUGAAAAUUAGAAGGUACAUAAAUAUAGUUUUAGCACUCACACAUUUGUACACUAAGCCCUUGAUUGAGGUCGGCUAGUGCUUGUACGUUUAAUAGCACACAUUUUCAAAAAAAAAUUGUCUUGGGUAAUUUAAGAUAGGACUUUUAAAUUGGAACUUCCAGAUCUUUAGUGGAGUACCAAAAAUACCUUAAAAUAAAUCAUUGGUUUAACAUAAACUUACGGUAGUUGGUAAAGGGAACAAAGCAAUAACUUUUAAUUAAUUUGAUUAUACAGAGAAUAAAAACAAUGUAUAAGGUGGUUCGAAAAUUUGGUAAUAAUUAUAGUAAUUAAUUAAUAACUUAUUCUUAGGCGCAUACAACGAAUAAAACCAAUAAUAUAUAUAAGUACUGUGCUACGGCUAUCCCGAACAUCCAACAUACAUUUUUUUACUUUCACUGUCACUUUUGGUGUUGGCAAUUCUACACAUUACUCUUACUAUUUGACGUAAAAUGUACAAUGCAAAACAUUCUUUUGGCUUAGGGAUAUAAAGCAUUGAGUCUUAAACUGUUCUAAUAUUAAUAAUGGGAUUAGGUAUGAUGGUAUUUCCGCUAUAAAAACUUUUAUUCAAACGAAUAAAUGAUAAUUUAGAGACUGAAUCGAGGGCUUAAUCAUCUUUUGCUUUUCGUUAUCACUUUUUAAGGGACCAUGCACUUAGGAAUCUAAUUAGGGAAUAAUAUCUAGUGAACACUUUUGAUGAAUACGAUUUAUUUGUUCUUUACGUUUUUUUUUUUGUGAAAUCGAAUAAAACUAUUUUUUGGCUGUUGUCUGCAUGAACAUAUCGAUAAGUAUCUACAGAUUGAAUUAUUUAUUAUCUUAACACAAUUCGAUAUUUUUCAAACAGACAGAAUCUUGUUGGCAUGUAUUAUCAAUAAAGUAUGGUUUGCA